UGUGAAUAUUUUAAAAUUGCCGGCAAUUAUAAAAAUGACAUUUCGAGAGUAUGCGCACAAUGAUUCAUGCGCUAAAAAGAGACGCCAUUUGCCGCUGUCAAAAGUUAAAAUGUUUUUUUGUGUUGACACAGAAUAAUUAAUAAUAUAAUGUAUAAAUUCUUAUAAAAAGCACUAAUUAAAUUUGUCAACUAAGUGAUAGAUAAAUUGCACUUUAAAUGAAUUUUAAUUUUACCAGAAAAAUGUUUUAUUUAACAAGAAUUUAGUUAUUCUAAAUGUAAAAUUUUUUCCGGCAUUAGAAUUUGUUUUGCAAUUUUUUUUUUUUAUAGAAAAAUAUUAUCAAAUAUGUUACAAACACUUCGUGAACGUUCUCAGAAGCGUAAAAAAUUAUUAGCACAAACGUUGGGAGUUGCAAGUCCUGUGGAACUUAGACAAAUUUUAGGAACAGAUAUCGAUGAUAUUAAUAAGAAAAAAAUUAGAUUAUCGACAAAAUCCGAGGAGGAUGUUCAAGGAUCAAAAGACGAUUCCGUUCCUACGGAUGAAAUUGUUUAUAAAGAUUCAUCAACAUUUUUAAAAGGUACACAAUCAUCGAAUCCGCAUAAUGAUUACUGCCAACAUUUUAUUGACACGGGUCAAAGACCUCAGAAUUUUAUUCGUGACGUGGGUUUAGCGGAUAGAUUUGAAGAGUAUCCAAAACUUCGUGAAUUAAUUAAAUUAAAAGAUGAUUUAAUAUCGGAAACUGCAACUCCGCCAAUGUACUUGAAAACCGAUCUCGCUAAUUAUAAUCUUAAGGAUUUAAAUUGUAAAUUUGAUGUUAUUCUCAUUGAACCACCACUUGAGGAAUAUCAAAGGACAUGUGGUGCUACGAAUGUUCAACUAUGGAAUUGGGACCAGAUAAUGGAUUUGGAUAUUGGUGAAGUGGCAGCAAAUCGUAGUUUUGUGUUUCUUUGGUGUGGCAGUAGCGAUGGUUUAGAUAUGGGACGAUAUUGUUUACGUAAAUGGGGUUUUAGACGUUGCGAGGAUAUUUGUUGGAUUCGAACGAAUAUCAAUAAUCCUGGUCAUAGUAAAAAUUUGGAUAGUAAAGCAGCAUUGCAAAGGACUAAGGAACAUUGUUUAAUGGGUAUUAAAGGAACAGUGCGAAGAUCAACGGAUGGUGAUUUUAUUCAUGCGAAUGUUGAUAUUGAUCUUAUUAUAUCUGAGGAACCUGAAUAUGGAUCUAUUGAGAAACCUGUGGAAAUUUUUCAUAUUAUCGAACAUUUUUGCCUUGGCAGAAGAAGACUUCAUCUUUUUGGUCGUGACAGUACAAUAAGACCUGGUUGGUUAACAGUUGGACCAUCAUUGACAAAUACAAAUUUUAAUUCUGACAUUUACACGAGUUAUUUCAAUAAUGGACAAAUAACGACAGGAUGUACCGAAAGAAUAGAAGCAUUGCGACCAAAGUCUCCACCUCCGAAAGGCAAAUCAGUUGGAAGAGGUCGAGGUGGAUUCAAUCGUGGCAGAGGUAGAGGAAGGUAAUUUGAAAAAAAAUCCCCAUUUUAUAUAAAUUCUAUUUUUAAAAUAUAAAGUAUUACUUUUAACGUGAAUGUAUUUCGUUUAAGAGUUAAUAAAAAAAAGAUAGAUUAUUAAAAUUUUCUUUAUAAUAAAAAAUUGCCAAAAGUAGAGUAACUUACCAUUUUUUUUUUUUAAAUAAAUAGUAGUGAAAAAAACUAUUUUCACUUUCCAAAAAAAAGAGCACAAGGAGAAGAAGGGUAACACAUUAAAAAAAAUUACAUUGUGUGAAAAAAAAUCAUAAUUGUUUUAAAUUCAAUUACAUAUUUGAAAAUAUAAUAUAUGUACAACCCACGAGAUACAAAAAAAAAAAAAUAAAAAAAAACACCUUGAAUUUAUAA